GGGCGCAAAGCAGACGCAGACGAGGAGAAGGAGAGGACGAGAGAAAACGUCAACUGAUGAAAGAAGCGAGAGAGAGAUAGAGAGGCGCCCCGUUCGUGUAGUAGUCGGCUCGGCUCAUCCGGCAAGUGGAUUUAGAUUUUUGGGGAGGUAUUUGAACCACCGGUAGUGACUCCCCGGCACAGGGGAUCGCGGAGGUUGGGCGUGAAUCGGCGAAGAAAGCUCACUCGCAGCGAAGGCCGGCGCGAAGGAGGAGGGAGGCUUCUCGCCCUGGAAAGUAUCGUAAACUGAAUCAAAAUGAAGAAGCCAAAUCAGCAACCAGCUCUUCACAAAGUUAUUAUGGUGGGAAGUGGUGGUGUUGGAAAAUCAGCACUCACUUUGCAGUUCAUGUACGAUGAGUUUGUGGAAGAUUAUGAACCCACCAAAGCUGACUCAUAUCGCAAGCGAGUUGUGUUAGAUGGGGAAGAAGUACAAAUUGAUAUUUUAGACACAGCCGGUCAGGAAGACUAUGCAGCAAUCAGGGAUAACUAUUUCCGAAGUGGAGAAGGUUUUCUAUGUGUCUUUUCUAUCACUGAAGAUGAUAGUUUUCAAGCAACUCAGGAGUUCCGGGAACAAAUUUUGCGUGUCAAGAAUGAUGAAAACAUUCCAUUUCUACUAGUAGGCAACAAAAGCGACCUGGGAGAGAAACGCAAGGUUCCCCUUAGCGAAGCCACUGGACGUGCUACACAGUGGGGUGUUCCUUAUGUUGAAACAUCUGCCAAAACUCGAGCAAAUGUUGACAAGGUUUUCUAUGACUUGAUGCGUGAAAUUCGUUCAAGAAAAAUGGAAGACAAUAAACCUGGCAACAGCCGUGGAAAAGACAAGAGCAAGCGUAAGAAGCUGAAAUGUGUCAUCCUUUAAAUCUGAGACAAAAAGCGCAUCCUUAUCUUUUACAAGGUGGAUUCUUAUAGAUGUUCUACAGUCGAAAGAACAAGUACUGAUCAGGGCCUCAAAUUCUGGCUGGUAUAUUCCAGAGAGACUACACCUAUAUUAUUUGUGUUAGGUCACAUUUUAAUUACUUUUAAAUGAAAGAUCACGACUUUUAUUAUUCCCUGUGGUUUUGUCUCAAUUAUCAAUGUAUUACAAAGAAACAUUCAAUCGUAUGGUAUUUGUCAGUAAUUGAGACAUGAAUUUGCGUAGACCCUUAAUGAUACAGGUUACAUGGGGUUCAAGCUGUAUGAAGUAUUGAUUGAUAAAAUUCAGUUUGUGGCAUAAGCUUUCAUGUGGUAUUGUUUUUUUUGUCCACCUGAAUGUUUCAUGCUAAAGGUUUUUACAAAAAUUCUGCUACUUAGAUUGUUACCAAGCUUUUCAUUUUUAGUUGUACUCUCUUGUUUAUGGUAAUCUAGCCUCUAUAAUAUCUAAAAGGCUACUACUAUUGCUGUAAUUUAAUUAUAUUUGUCUUAAAUGUGAUGGCUGGUACAUAAAUGUGUCCAGACUUCAUGUUUGUUUUUAUGUUUUUGUUUUCCACUUUAUGUUAUGUUUCAUUCUGGAUAGGAAAGACUGUGUGUGACAUGUUUUAUAGUUAACUGUUCUCUGUACUGAGAAUGGUUAUUGAGAACUGCUUUUGGAUCUGCAGAAAUUUGCAUCACAUUGAUUUCUCCCUUGUGCUGGUGCUUUCUUGAUAAGAUUCUUCUUCACUGGUAUACUUUUACUCAUGAAAUUGGUUUGUUCCUAUUUUCAUCUUAUCCUGUGAUUCAAUAGAAACUUUUUCUGAUGUGAAAAACCACCUGUUGGAUAUUAGAUUAGCUGGAUUUAGCUCACUCAUUUUGAUAUUACACUCCUUUUGACUUGUUUGUUUCUUGUCAGAACUUUGUUUAAAGUCUUCGUAUAAAGAUGUGUGUGAUGCUUUUAAAUUGUGUUGGUUGUAUUUGGAAAUUGAUAUGAUUCAGGGUAUAUAGAAGGGUUUGUUCAAGUGAUAUCACUUUUUCUCUUAUCUUUAUUAUAAUAGAGAAUUGAUGGACACAGUUUAGGUGUCAAACUAUACUUUGUAUCACAUAUGGAAAGAUUUGAAUUAAUUGGAACAAAUUAAUUGUCUUAUAUCUGAUCGAUUCCUGUUUUAAACGUAUGAAUUUUCAUUCAUAUUUUUAGUAUUGGACAAAAGUGAAGUUCCCUGUAGAGGAAAUUGUGCAGUUCGUUUCUCGUACUUAUCAAAACUGUGUUCAGUUGUACUCAAUUUGAAUUCACUAAGAGAUUCAUGUAUCAAUUUGUACAAUAUUUAUUUCAUACUUUAAAGUUUCUUUUUGGUUGUUGAUUGUCCUACUUUGGCCCUUUUGUGCCCUUUUCCUCCAAUUUGUGUAUAUCUUGCUGUUUGUUCUGAUGCCUAAAAUUUCAUAAUUUUAUUUGCUCAAAGGAAAGGCUUCAUUAUAUUGUGUUUUUAACAGCUCAAGGUCCUUCAGCCCUGUCUUGGAACUUACAUUUUAUAUGAUUCAGUUGAGUUUAUGAAUUAGGAUAUUCAAUAUACAUUGCCGAAAAAAUCUGUUUUUUUUUUUUGGGAAGGGUGUAUUCUUAACUUUCUUACUGAAGAAAAGUGGAGCAUUGCAGUAAAGUUUUCAAAGUACAUUUUUUUUCAUGACUGAAUAAAUUGUACCCUUCUUACAAUUAUGUAUAGAUUUUGUUAUUGGUGGACCACUUCCAAAUGCUAGUUGAAAACACUACUGGAUGAUAGAAAAGAAUCUUGAAGAAAUGUAGUUUGCAGUUGGUUGUAUUUUAAUUAAAACAUCGAACCAUCCUUAGAAGUGAUAUUAGGUUGAAGCAGUUGGAGUUUCCAUUAACCUGAGAAGAUGUGUAUGUCUAAAUGUCCCAAUUCCUUGAGUGGAUUUUCGUCACUUAUGAGUUAAGAUGUGUUUUUUGGACACACAAGCGCUUGUAUUCAUACUGUAUUUUAUUUAUAAUUUGCACGCUAGAACUUGUUAGCACUUCAUCUCUACCUCUUUCAUUGGUUUACAGUGAAACUGCCAAAUCAUAUGUGCUAAACAGUUUCCAUGGUUACUUUCUUUUCAUUUGUACGUAUUUUAUGAAGUCUUACAAGGAAUGUCCUCUUUGCCUUGGAGGGACAUACGCACAAAUUAAAUAUCAUGAAGACUGCAACUCUGUAGUCUGUUCCUAUUAUUGGUUUUGAGAAUCUCAUGUUGCACAACCCAUUUCCAUCUGUUAAAAAUUCACCAUUAGAAAUUUGACUUUAAGAACCAAAGUAUUUUUAUGGGGUUCAUACUGUACACCCAUUGAGAUAAAAAACCUAUAUUCAGCUAAUUUUUCAAAUAUUUUCUUUGCUAUCCAACAUGCAUUGCAUGAUUGCUUCUUGUAUAUAAAUAUUAUGACUUUAUUAUGUCAUGCUAUACUGUUUAUACAGAUACUGUACAUAUUGUUCCUUUCCUUUUUUUAAGCUGAAAAAGUUUCAGGUGUUUAAUGUCCAUCUUUGCCUAGCCCAUGCUCUGUAUGUCCUGUACCUUCAUAUUGACAACAAAAAAAUUAUUAAAUAUUUUGGACAUUUACAUCAAGA